GAGGGGCGCCCGCCUGCUAUCGACGCCUCCCUGGCCAAGGGGGUCCCCGGGGCGGGCUGCACGACUCCGGGGCAGCUCCGCGUCCCGGGCCCAGCGGGGAGAGUCUGAGCCCAGGAGCUGCUGCGCUUUCCAGCUUCCGCCUUCGGAGAAGAGGCUCCCGCAAGGCCCCGCACCUGGCGCUUGUCUGGCCACGACCCAGUCCAAGCCCCCGGCUGCCCGGUCCCACGCGCGGCGGCCAAUGGGCGGCUGGUGAGGCCGGCGCGGCGCGGCGCAGCCCGUGCGCCCCCGGGAGCGCAGCGCACGGGCUCGGCCGGCAGAGGCGAUGCGGCUGCUCUGCGGGGCUCUGCUCUGGCUCCUGGGGCUCGUGUGUGACCUGGGUAACAGCAGCUUCCUCCGGAGCCAUCUCCAUGCCUCCAGCUUCCUGCAGCGCCGGCUGAGCGGCCGGGAGAAGCGGGAGAUGCAGCGGGAGAUCCUGUCCAUCCUCGGGCUGCCGGGCAGACCUCGGCCCAAGGCCUCCGCCGGGGGCAAGCUGCCCUCCUCCGCGCCCCUCUUCAUGCUGGACCUUUACCACGCCAUGGCCAGGGAGGAGGAGGACGAAGAGGAAGAGCAGCUGGGCUGGGGCCGGGGGGUCUCCCGGCCCGUGCUGACCAGCUUGAGCAUCCAGGCGCCGCCGUUGGGAAGAGUCAUCAGCCGGGCGGACACGGUCAUGAGCUUUGUCAACGUGGUUGAACACGACAGAGACAUCUUCUACCAGAAGCCAUACUGGAAGGAAUUUCGAUUUGACCUGACCCAGAUUCCAACUGGAGAAUCUGUAACGGCUGCCGAGUUCCGAAUUUAUAAGCUGCGAAGUUUCACUCGUGAUGUCAACAAAACCCUUCACAUCAGCAUCUAUGAGAUCAUGAAGGAGUAUUCCAACAGGGAAUCUGACUUAUUCCUGUUAGAUCUUCAGGAGCUCCAGGCUGGAGCUGAAGGCUGGUUGGUUUUUGAUGUCACAGCUGCCAGCAACCACUGGUUAGUAAACCGUAAACACAACCUGGGCCUGCGACUUUAUGUGGAGACAGAUGACGGGCAGAGCAUCGAUCCGGGCUUAGCAGGACUGCUGGGUCGGCGCGGGCCACGCUCCAAGCAACCUUUCAUGGUCACUUUUUUCCGGGCAAGCCAAAAUCCGGUCCGAGUCGCUCGAGCCGUCAAGCCGCUAAAGAGGAGGCAGCCCAAGAAAACGAACGACUUGCCGCAUCCAAACAAGCUUCCAGGGAUUUUUGAUGACAUUCACGUCUCUGAAGGCAGACAGGUUUGCAGGAGGCAUGAACUCUACGUCAGCUUUCAAGACCUUGGAUGGCUGGAUUGGGUGAUUGCACCACAAGGAUAUUCCGCUUUUUACUGCGAAGGAGAAUGUGCCUUUCCUCUGGAUUCCUGCAUGAAUGCAACCAAUCACGCCAUCCUGCAGUCACUAGUCCAUCUGAUGAAGCCCGAGGCUGUUCCCAAGGCCUGUUGUGCUCCCACCAAGCUCAGCGCAACCUCUGUCCUCUAUUACGACAGCAACAACAACGUGAUCCUCAAAAAACACCGCAACAUGGUGGUGAAAUCAUGCGGCUGCCACUGAAGCUCCGUGAGGCAAUGCGCUCGCUGGUUCCGUGGCGAGGAAAAAGAACUAUUUUAACAGGUCUGAAUCCCAUCUAUGGUGCCGAAGUCCCUAAGAGUCAAACCCCUAGUUGUAGACGAGACAACACUUUUAUUAUCCUACUAUACUUCAUGAGACUAGAGACGGCAAAUCGGGGGCUGCUUAAGUCGCAUUGUGUUUCUGGCUGUUGGGGUUUUGUUAUAGGACUGUGGCUAGCUGCCUCCUGGAUUAUUCAUUAUUACGCGAUAAAGUUUAGACUGCACCAGUGACUAGGCCGAGGAAGGCAGGACUUGAGCUGCUUCUAAAUCUAUCAGUAUCUACUUACUUAUGUCCAAGUAUUAUGGUUUUAACAAGCACUUAUAGUUCUCAGAAUGAAAACACGGUCAGCCAAUUAAAUAGCUGGCUAACGAACCCGCCCCUCCCAUUUAACGUUUGAAAAUUCAUCCAAUUGGAAAAAAAUGUCGAGCUUAGGCCAUGGUUAUAAAAUAAACCCCUAGUUUGGAAAGUAAACACUUAAUUUUGUUUUUAGUAAAUGUCACGACCCAGCAGCAUGGACACUAUUUCUCGGCAAAAGCCCCCAGGGGCUGCUAAAAUUGUACCCAGUAAGUAUUUGCUCUGGGGGGGGAGGGAAUCCUUUACUGUGUGACAGCUUCAGGUCAAUUUGUUUUCUGUGGGCUAAGUCAUUUGAAGUGACACCUAAACGAGGGUGUUGGGGGCAAAAGAAGAAAGAGCUAAGAAAAGGAUCCCUUUAAUGUUGCCUUAUCCUAUGGAGCCCGCGUUCUAGUUCUUAGGGCUGCCGCUGUGCCUCGGUUUCCCCAUUUGUAAAAAUGGGGCUAAUGAUGCUCCAUUUUUUGGGUAAAGUGCUUUGAGAUCUACAGCUGAAAAGUGCUAUAUAGGACUUAGGUAAUAUCAUUCCCCUGCCUGCAUAGGAACA